CAACUGUCGAUUAAAACACAUAGGAAUCAAAAUAUUUUUUUUUCUGACAGGAUAGUUGAAUGUUAUAGAUAUGAUCAUAACAGACGUUUGGUUUGGUAUAAUCGCGAUCUUUAUGAUCAUUACUAUAAUCCAUUGUGAUACAUAUCAUGACUGUGGAGCGUCUUGCAAGUGUUUUCUUAAAGUCACUGGAGCUAGAAGGGCCUUUUGUAAUGGAUAUUACAUUCCAAAAUUGCCAGUAUCUGUUUUAAAAAUUGAAAUAAGAAAUUCUAACCUGACAGAUAUCGGGCAUUUUGCUUUGGUUAAUCUUACAUUGCAUAGCGUGUAUGAACUAGUGUUUUCAGGAAACUCCAUACGUCACAUUCAUCAAGAGGCUUUUGUGAAUUUAACAUGUCUAACAGUUUUAACAAUCAAUAACGAAACUUCAUUAAAUGUAGAAGUUUUGAAGCAAGCACUUACAAAAGUGUCAUUAAAAUCUCUGAAAACACUCCGGCUCACUAACAAUAACUGGCAGUAUCUUCCAAAUGAUAUGUUUGAUUCAUUCAAAAAUACAAAGAUACAAAAAGUUUAUCUAACAGGAAAUCAAUUUUCUAGCAUCAAUGGAUCAGCAUUUAGAUUUUUUACACUUUGUGAGAGGUUAUUUCUUGAGGAAAAUCAACUUACAAAGAUAUAUUUCUGGAAAAUGCAGCGUCUUAAAAGGUUAGGACUUGAAAGAAAUAGGUUAGCAAAAGUCCCAAAUUUCUGCAGUUUACACGACAGUUUAUUUCCGAGACUAGAAAGAUUGUCUUUGAGCUAUAAUAAUAUCGGGAAUAUUGAUAAAACGUCAUUUAUUUGUUUACCUAAACUUAAGGAUUUACAUUUAAAGGGCAUUUCCAUUGUACAGUUACAAAACAAUAUAUUUUCCAGUCUUAAUAAACUAGAAUAUAUAAACUUAGAAAUGAUUAAUACAUUAAAACGGAUUGAAGAUUUUGCGUUUAACAGUACGUCUAUUAAAAAGAUUCUCAUGCAACACUGUAAAUUUCGCUUUGACAUAGUCGAAAGAUUCAACCCUGUCACAAUCUUUAAAUGCUGUCCAAAUGUAAAUUAUGUGAAUCUUGGAAUCAAUUAUCUGCCAAAAAUUCCAAAUAUUCUUUAUUCAAUGUUCAUUCCACUUGAUAAUCUCGAGACCCUUAAGUUAUAUUCCACCAACCUUGUUAAUUUACCAAGGAAUUUACUUAACAAUUUAAGAAACUUACGUGAGCUGAAUCUCCAUGACAAUAGUAUACAUACUUUGGAUCACAGCAGUGAAAUAUUUGGUAAUAUGACAACCUUGAAAUUUCUAGAUCUCAGUUCUAAUUUGAUUUCAAUCAUGAAUAAGACAUCGCUGCAGUCUACAAUACUAAAUUCAUUGGAGCAAAUUAAUCUAGGAGCCAAUCCAUUUUCCUGUACAUGUGACCAAAAAUGGUUUUUGGAAUGGAUUAAGCAAACCAAAGUAAAAAUCGUUGGUUAUCCUUACAGGUACAAAUGUCGAUAUCCAAAUAAAUUAGAAGGACAAUACUUAAAAGACUACAACCCAACUGAUAAUAUUUGCAAACCAUGGAAUCAGUUAUAUACUAUGGCGAUAGUUUUGUCCUUAUUUGGAAUAUCAAUACUAGUAAUUAUCAUUUUCAUUUGGAUAUGUCAGAAUAAUAUCAAGAAUAGUGUUUACCUGCUCCGAGUUGUGUACAGUCACAGACAAGGUCAUUUUACAUUGGAUGAUCGUUUAAAUUACGAAUAUGAUGCAUUCGUUGUCUACUGUGAUGCAGAUAGAAAAUGGGUUCACAACGUCUUUUUGAAGAGAAUGGAAAGUGAAGAAGGAAUAAAACUUUGCAUUCACCAAAGGGAUUUCGAUAUUGGAAAAAAUAUAACUGGAAAUAUUGACAAAUAUCUUGAAAAAAGUUGGAAAGUUGUUGUUGUGAUGUCAAAUGACUUCGCCAAAAGUGAAUGGUGUCAGUGGGAAGUUGAUAUAGUCCAGGAAAGACGACGACGUCAAGGAAAAGACGCUUUCUUGUUAAUAAUGCUGAAGACAAUUGAUUCCAAGCACAUGACUAGUCCACUGCGUACGUUACUGGAGAGUACUCCUCAUGUAAGUUUCCAGACAGGCGUAGGGGAAGACAUGUUUUGGAGGGCCGCAGCAAGGUCCUUACAAAAACAACUUGGUCUUCCUCCCGUUGCCGUUUUGUGAUAAAAUUUAUUCAUUUGCUUUAUUUUUAUUAAAACAAUUAUAUUAUAGUACAAUAUAAUGACCAUUCAACAGUUACAUUCA